AUGAGUGUUGUGCUCGCUGGUCUAGCUGCCACGGUGGGAAUUCUCUUGAAUUGUGCCGAUGGCGGAAAAAGCAUCCCUGGAAGCAAGCCACUUUGCGCUGAUUUGACGAAUCUGGCCGAGUUCAAGAGCCCAUCUCCUCAAUUCCUUGCAAAUGUUCAAAAAACUUAUGGAACUGUGUUCAAUGGCUACUAUGCACGUGUACAGCCUACGGUAUUGGCUGCAAAGAAAAAAUGGAAUGAUUUCCAUCGCGAGUUCGUCAAGUCUGAUAUUGGCCUCGUUAUUGACAGGUAUUAUCACAAAAUCCACGCGUUUGUCGUUGACACUUCAUUGAAAUUCGUGCGAUUCCUGCAAACCCAGCGAGUAGCACUCGAGCAGUGGUGGGAAAGUGAUGGACGUGAUCGAAUAGGUGGUAUCGUGGAUACGAUUCAAGUUACAGUCGGCGUGAUGACAGAGAUUAUCAAGGAUAUGCUGCAAUUAACUUUU